AUUUUAAAAUUUACAGAUACUUUACCGUUAAAUGUCAAAUUUAUAUCUAGAAAUUAUUUAAUUCUUGUGAGCUGUUUUGUUGUCUGCUGUAAAUGAUAUUUGUCAAGCACGAAGUUUUGGCAGUUUAGAGUUCCGACUGCCAUGAAAGCCAGCUACCAGAAAUACCGCAUCUACAAGAAAACCCGUCGGAAGUUUGCUUUCCAAUCUUAUUUGCUAUUGUGUGUAUGGCUUUUACUGGGUAUAACACAAUGGUGUCUUGUGUGCAUUACUGAUCCCGUAAGAGAAGUAUUUUAUGACUAUUAUCAAGUAAGCUUUAUCACAUUUGUUGUAGCGCUUCUGCUUUUUUCCUUUUAUGUAUAUUUUGAGAAGCUACGAUUCAACAAUGGUCUUAACUAUCUGAUCAGCGUAUUAAUUAUUGAGCUGCAAAUAAUAUCGCUUUUCGCAUUGGUUGCACGAGUGUAUUGGCCCGAUCUGAUAUUCUUUUUUGCAAUAUGUGUUCUUGUAUUGUUUAUGGCUAUAUAUAUUAGCUCUAUACUUCCAAGGCGGAUUGAUUUAACCAUAGACGUGGCACUGCUUUUCAUUUAUGGUUUCUUCAGCAUGUUGGGUGCAAUCUUCUUUAUCAUGUGUCGCUUUCUGAUAACUGAGAAAAAGUUAGGACAAUAUAUAUCCAGAGGAUCUAAAUCUUUUCUCAUUUCUGAAUUAUUAAUUUCUUUUAUGAUUCUCAUGUUUGUCAUGUAUCAUGCCCAAACCAUUAAUGGAAGCCGAUUUGCGGAGAUGCGACUCAAUGAUUUCUUGCUGGCAUCACUAAUUCUCUUCCAUGACUUUCUUAUCAUUUAUUGGCUGACAUUCUACUGGCAAUUCAACAAUAAACCCUUGACACCCGACAAUAUCCUAAGAACUACCACAGCAUCAGAUGAUGAAGAAAAGUAUUAUGACGAAGGUUAUACAGAAAGUCCUGUUGGUACAGAGGAUACCAGUGAAGCUGAUCUUGUUACAACGGACGAUUAUAUCGAUGAUACAUCUUCCGAUGAAACUGACGAUAUUUUGAGUUCAACAUCAGUAAUGUCUUCUGAUGACGAGUAUUAUUACAGUAGUGAAACUUCUUCGGCAACAACAGACGAUUAUGCUGACUAUAGUUCUGAUGCACCUUCUGAUGAUGCUAGCGCUGAAGAUUAUAGUGAGGUUUCUAUGGUAACAACAGACGAUUCUGAAGCUAAUAUUACGGGAUCGUUUUCUGGUGCUGCAACUUCUAGUGUCGAUUCUAGUGAGGCUUCAGUUACAACAUUAGUCAAUUCGAGUGCUGAAAUUACAGGAUCGUUUUCUGAAGCUGCAACGUUUUCUAGUAUCGAGGCACCUGUGGCAACAUCUAUCGAUUCUAGUGUGGCAAUUACGGAAUCUUCUGCUGCAACUGCAAUAUCUUCUGAAGGCGAUCCGACUGAGGAUUCUGUGACAACAGCAGUCGACUCUAGUGCUGCAAUGACGAAAUCUUCUGCUGCAACUAAAACGUCAUCUGAUAAUGUUUCUACUCAGGUUACUGUAGCAACAACCGUCGAUUCUAGUGCUGCAAUAACGGAAUCUUCUACUCUAACUGCAAUUCCUUCUGAUAGCUAUUCUACUAAGCCUUCUGUGGUCACAACAGUUGACUCAAGUACUGCAAUUGUGGAAUCUUCUGAGGCAACUGAAAAGUCUUCUGAUGACGAUCCCACUGAGGAUUCUGUGACAACAGCAGUCGACUCUAGUGCUGCAAUUACGGAAUAUUCUUCUACAACUCCAACGUCCUCUGAUGAUGUUUCUGGUGAUGAUGAUGUUUCUGGUGAUGAUGAUGUUUCUGGUGAUGAUGAUGUUUCUGUGGCAACAACAUUUGACUCUAGUGCUGCAAUUACGGAAUCUUCUGCUGCAACUGUAAUGUCAACUGAUGACAAUUCUACUGAGACUUCUACCACUACAACAGAAGAAACCACCACAGAUUAUUAUGAUGAUUAUUAUGACGAUACUAUUAUCGAUGCUGAAACUGAAGUUCCUCCUACUGAAAUAACUUUUGGUAAUGGGAAUAGUGAGGCUACUAAGGCAAGAACUCGAACUAGAAGAACUCGAAGAACUCGAAGAACAAGAAGUACUCGUUCAGGGAUGCCAAUUCAAAUGAUCGAAAUUGCAGGCUUAAUCCAACAAACUGCAUAACAAAACAAGUGAGAAUGCGAAUGUUGAAUGUGCUUGACUU